UUGCUUGAAUUCUCUAAAAAAAAAUUUCCCCCAAAUUUAUUUUCUUUCUAAUUUUUAUUUUUAUUUUUCCCCCAUUUUCUCUCUAAAACAAGAUGAAAGAUCGCUGACCCCAAGAAGCUAGCAAUCCAUGGCGAGUCAAGUCGCACUCAGAAACCAUCCAACUGAGUGACUCAGAGUACUUAAAAAAAGCUCCGAGUUUGCUGGUCAAGAUCGUCGGCUGUUAAAGGCCAGGGUAAAUUUAAGGUUUUUAUCUACGGGUACCUUAAAUUUAUGAAGAUAAUAAAGAGGGUUCAUUUGUGAUUUAAAAAAAAAAUUAAGGGUUUCUUGGAGCCAUUUGUGAUGGAUGAGGAAACAUCUGAUACAAUGAACCUUGAUUUGAAUCUGGGUCCGGCACCUGAGACCGGGUCCGGGUCGUUGUUGAAUGAAGGUGUGAAUUUGAAUGACUUAGUCGAGAACCCGUUCGAUAGGAUCCGGGAUGCGGUUAGGCGUAGGAGAUGGAGAUGGCAUCAGGUUCAACUUCCUGUUGCAACUCAGAGCUUGUCGGUUGAAUUUGAUCAAUUUACGGGGAAUUCUGACGGUCCGAAUACAUUACAAGCAGGUGAGGGUAGCGUUACGGCUGAGGAAAGAACGAGUGAUGUGCCGAAAGUGUGUGAAACCACCAAUGGGUUUUUGGAAGAUGAGGUUUUAGAAGAUAAAAAGGAUGAUAUUGAGAAGGGUGUUAGCAAUGAUGGGAGUUUUUUCGAUUGUAAUAUAUGCUUAGAUUUGGCUCGGGAACCUGUUGUAACUUGUUGCGGUCACUUGUUUUGUUGGUCGUGUCUUUACCGAUGGUUGCAUAUGCAUUCGGAUGCAAAUGAAUGCCCAGUCUGUAAAGGAGAAGUGACGAUUAAAACGUUGACACCGAUAUAUGGUCGUGGGAAGGUUAUCUAUGAGCCAGAAGAGGAUUCGGGUUUUAAAAUCCCUCCUCGUCCGACUGCUGGACGAGUGGAUAGUUGGAGGCAAACCAUUCAACGGACUCCUUUAAAUCUUCCUGUUGAAGAGAUGAUUCGUCGUAUUGGAAACAGAUUUGAUUUGGUACGUGACUUGACUCCACCACGUGAAGCCAGUGGUUCUCGGGAAACAGCAGAACGUACUAAUUCCGUGCUUAAUAGGAUUUUGACAUCUCGUGGAUUACGUGGAGAGCAAAACGCAGUCGUGCCCCUCGAUGAUGUUGACUUGACACCCAGUAGUACAACAAGUACCGACGUGGUGUCCUCCCGAAUUCACUCUUUGUACCUUCAACGGCAAUCACACUUACGAAGAGCUGCAAGACUGACUUCUCUAUCAUCGGCACUCAAUUCAGCUGAAAGGAUGGUCGAGGCAAUAUUCCGAGGCAACCCGGUGGGAAGAAAUCAGGAGCAAGCACCAGCAGCAGUUGUCGAUGAUCGGGACUCGUUCUCAAGCAUUGCUGCUGUAAUAAACUCGGAGAGUCAAAUGGACACGGCCGUCGAGAUAGAUUCUGUGGUUUCACUUUCGGCUUCGUCUUCUAGAAGAAGAAACGAUGUAUUGAGGGUCUCGGAUGUCGACAGCGGUGACUCUCGGGCGCAUAGGAGGAGACGAUUGAACUAGGAAACUAGAAAAAGGAUUUCACAAUGUCAUGGACCUGCUUCAAUAAAUAGUUCUUUUUAAUUGCAUUCCAUUUAUAUUGCUUUUUUUUUUUUUUCAUAUAUAAAGAAUUUUCAGCUUCCAAAUAUAUUAUUCCCAAACAUAAUAUGGAUUGAAAUGUUAUCUUCCUUUUUCCUA